AUGGUUGGGGCGACCUUGCUUAAUGGCCUUGACUGCUUGGAUGAACAUGACUAUGUGAAUGGCAACAUUGGCACAGCGGAGGCUGAAAGGUCUCGGCCACCUCACCUUAUAUUUAUCAUGGUGGAUGACCAGGGAUACGGGGACAUCGGCUACCAUGGCUCAGACAUCCACACACCUUUACUGGACCAGCUGGCAAGAGAGGGAGUCAUACUUGAAAAUUAUUACGUCCAGCCUAUCUGCUCACCCUCUCGCAGUCAACUCAUGACAGGACGGUAUCAAAUCCACACUGGGCUCCAGCAUUCAAUCAUCCGAUCCCGUCAACCUCUCUGCCUGCCCCCAGACAUUCCCACCCUACCAGAGCAUCUGGUUGAAGCUGGAUAUGCCACACACAUGGUGGGGAAAUGGCAUCUUGGCUUCUGUAGGUCAAGCUGCCUACCUACGGGGCGUGGCUUUCAGAGUUUCUUAGGCACCCUCACUGGCAGUGGAGACCACUUUUCUUAUCAGAGCUGCGAUGGGGCUGAAGCCUGUGGAUUUGACCUGCAUGAUGGUGAUAGGCCGGCCUGGGAGAUGACUGGAAACUACUCCACUCUGCUCUACGUCGAAAGAGUGAAGCAGAUCCUGAGGCGCCACAACCCCCAUAAACCACUUUUCCUUUAUUUGUCCCUCCAGGCAGCCCACACACCCUUGCAGGCACCAGACUACUUCGUGCACAACUAUGAUUCUCAAAGCAAUCGUCUUAGGCGCCAUUAUGCAGCCAUGCUGAGCUGCCUGGAUGAUGGGAUUGGACAAGUUGUCCAGGAACUAAAGACUAGGGGGCUGUAUCAAAACUCAGUUCUGAUUUAUUCCUCUGAUAAUGGUGGUCAGCCACUCUCUGGAGGGAGUAACUGGCCCCUGAGGGGAGGCAAAGGAACCUACUGGGAAGGAGGCAUCAGGGCGGUUGGAUUUGUCCAUAGUCCCCUCCUGAAGAGAACAGGAGUAGUCAGUAGGGCAAUGAUCCAUGUUUCUGACUGGUUUCCAACACUACUGGGACUUGCUGGGGCCCUUAAGACCCACCAUGGCCUAGACGGUCAUGAUGUGUGGCAGACCAUCAGUGAGGGUCUUGUCUCUCCCCGCACUGAAAUACUUUUCAACAUUGACCCAGUCUCCAGGAAGCCUGAGGAGCCAUAUGACAAGGCAUUACUGAAUGGCUUUGGGAUCUGGGACACUGCCGUAAGGGCAGCAAUAAGGGCCGGGGACUGGAAGCUACUGACAGGGAAUGUGGGUGACGGGGACUGGAUUCCUCCGCAGGCUCUUCCUGAUGGUCCAGAACGCUGGCAGAGACUUGAGAAGGGAAGAAAUGAGCCAGGGAAGUCAGUGUGGCUGUUUAAUGUCAAUGCAGAUCCCUAUGAGAGAUCAGACCUGGCAGAAGCACAUCCAGAGGUGGUGAAGCGUCUCCUGAGCAGACUGGCAGAGUACAACCAGACUGCUGUGAUGGCCAGGAAUCCUCCAGAUGAUCCUAUGGCUGACCCUGAGCUUCAUGGAGGGGUGUGGAGCCCCUGGCUGGGCCUGGAGGGGCAGGAGAGAGAGAACGGAGAGGACGAUGGCAGAAAGGAAAAGAUAAUGAAGAUUAGGCACUGCAAACUAUGCAAAUUAAAAGCUCUCUUUAAGAAGGUGGGAUCACGCCUGCAGAGGAAACCCCUUUUCUAA